UUUAGUUUUUUUUAAAGAUGUGGUGAUGUAAUGGGCGGGGACCGGGCGGCUGUGGUUCCGGGUGAAAGGUGGAGCAAUGGCGAACGCUGCUAACCUGAACGCGGUGAGGGAGACCAUGGACGUUCUUCUUGAAAUUUCAAGAUUGCUGAAUACUGGUCUUGAUAUGGAGUCUCUAUCAAUUUGUGUCCGACUUUGUGAACAAGGGAUCAAUCCUGAGGCGUUGGCUUCAGUUAUCAAGGAGCUGCGGAAGGCUGCUGACUCACUUAAAUGUUCACCCUCACUGUCAGUACUGAAGACAGACAGUUUAUCCCAUCCUACGCCACCUCUCCUGACUUGUUUUCUGGAAUCUGUGACUCCUGUCUAACCACUGCCAGAGAAGUCGACAUUGAUGACAAUGAGCAGGGGUUUGGUGGUGUGAUAUCACUGUCACAGAUGAAAGUUGGAGGAGGUCGAUCGCUGUUGGGAAUGAAGAAGGUUGAGCUCAAUGUUCGCACUAAACAAAGAAAUACCAGCCAUGAUGAAUGAAUAAUUCUCAACAUACAGCCAUGGGACAUUUAAACUUAUCAGAAUAUAGCAUCUAUUGUUGCUGUAAAAAAGGGUCAUAGUUUGACUUUUUCUGACUAUUUGCACUACAAAAGAACAGUUGCAUUUCAGGUAUGCUUCACAUUUCUGAAGGUCCAGCAAGGAACAGCUUGGCUCUAACACAAACAAGGCACAGCAGAAUGGCAAUGCAAUGGAAAUCAUCACUCCUUGAAAUAUCCAUGUCAUAGAUUUAGGAUACAGCUUCUGUGAAACGCAAACACAAAUACAAGUAUAGGCAAGUUGAGCUAACAGUGCUGUGUCUGAUAAUUCAGUGUCCUUUUCUGCAGUGGUCAAUGUGCCACAAUUUGGCAGAUAUCAAGUCAAAUGCACUUUGUAUUUUCAAUGGAUCUGAAGACAAAUGUAAAAUCAUUGUGUGUGCAUAUCCAGCAGAGGAGCUGAGGAACAAAACAAUGCAUUGUAUUGUACAGCUAGUGUUCGAUCAUGUAGCAUAGACAGAAGAUCUUUUUUUAUAAAGGAAUAAUCUUUUGCCUGUGGAAACAUUUCUUUCAAAAAAAAACAAAGGAUUGUAAUAUUUCACAUGUACUUUGAUUUGGGCAAAUUAAUUCAUAUAAAUCAUGUUUAGACUAAUUCUAGCUACUGAACACAGAAUCACGACAGUGUGGAAACAGGCCCUUCUGUCCAACAAGUCCACACCGAACCUCAGCAUACCACCCAGACCCAUCCACCUGUAACCCACCUAAUCUACACAUCCCUGGACACUGUAGGCAAUUUAACAUGGCAAUUCAGCUAACCUGCACAUCUACACUGUGGGCAGAAACCCACACAGGCAUGGGGAGAAUGUGCAAACUCCACAUAGACAGUCGCCCGAGGGUGGAAUUGAACCCGGGUUGUUGGUGCUGUGAGGCAGCAGUGCUAACAGCUGAGCCACUGUCACCCCACAAGUGAGGAAGCACGUCAUCUCUGGGUGGCUUUGAACCACCAACCUUCCAGUUAAGAGCUGAACAAGCUAACCGAUUGUGACACAGAUCUACCCAGAAGUUACACGAAUGGAGUGUGAAUAAAAUUUGUUAUUUCAGUUUUACCUACUGUAUCCUAUUGAAACAUCCCUUUUUUUUUUAAAGACUUCAGGAAUUGGUCAGUCAUCAUAAUUUAAAUAUUGUAGUUAAACGUUUGACCAACUGCAGUGCAGUGUUGAGCACUUUUUAACAUAUUUGAAUAAUAUAGGCAAAGUGGACAUGAAAAACAAAACUAUACUUUAAACACAAACUUCACAUUUAUUGUACCAGGAAAAAUAACAAGUAUCUGUUCUGUAAUAUGGAUGUUGUUU